AUGGACAUGUGGUUGCAGGACUGUUUCGAGACAUGCAUCCACACGGACGGAUGCGAAGGUGUUGUGGUGACGCGUAAGUUGAACAGCGUCGGGCAGCAGGGCAGCGCGCCCUGCUACCUGCGCAAGGGCAUCGACGCGCAGGCCAGCCACGACAGCCACAACGACCUGUACGUGUACAACGGCCAGGACGGUGGCAGCGUUGGAUCUUCCAGUUUUCUCGGAGCAUCCGGCGGCCGGGUUUUUGGCACACAGGGUAUCGAGACCUUCCUCGUCCUCGGGCUGAUCGCGCUCGCCGUGAUAUUGCUGCUUGCUUGGUGGUUCUUGAGACGUCGCAAGAGGCAACUGCUUCAGGACCCUCUCAACGAGUGA